CCUCUACCGGUAGCAUUUGGCGGGGGAAUGUCUCACAGGAAAUUCUCCGCUCCCAGGCAUGGGUCCCUGGGCUUCUUGCCUCGGAAACGCAGCAGCCGGCACCGUGGGAAGGUCAAGAGCUUCCCCAAGGAUGACUCUUCCAAGCCUGUCCACCUCACAGCCUUCCUGGGCUACAAGGCUGGCAUGACUCACAUCGUUCGGGAGGUGGACAGGCCAGGAUCCAAGGUGAACAAGAAGGAAGUUGUGGAGGCUGUGACCAUUGUGGAGACACCACCCAUGGUGGUAGUGGGCAUCGUGGGCUACGUGGAAACCCCUCGAGGCCUCCGUACCUUUAAGACCAUCUUUGCCGAGCACAUCAGUGAUGAAUGCAAAAGGCGCUUCUAUAAGAACUGGCAUAAGUCUAAGAAGAAGGCCUUCACCAAAUACUGCAAGAAGUGGCAGGAUGAUGAUGGCAAAAAGCAGCUGGAGAAGGACUACUGCCAGGUGAUCCGGGUCAUCGCCCACACCCAGAUGCGUCUGCUUCCUCUACGCCAGAAGAAGGCCCACCUCAUGGAGAUCCAAGUGAACGGAGGCACAGUGGCCGAGAAGCUGGACUGGGCCCGCGAGAGGCUGGAGCAGCAGGUGCCUGUGAACCAAGUGUUUGGGCAGGACGAGAUGAUCGAUGUCAUUGGUGUCACCAAGGGCAAAGGCUACAAGGGGGUCACCAGCCGCUGGCACACUAAGAAGCUACCCCGCAAGACCCACCGGGGCCUGCGCAAGGUUGCCUGUAUUGGGGCAUGGCACCCUGCCCGAGUGGCGUUCUCUGUGGCUGGUGGCUUUGUCCACUAUGGGGAAGUGACCAAUGACUUUGUCAUGCUGAAAGGCUGUGUGGUGGGAACCAAGAAGCGAGUGCUUACUCUCCGCAAGUCCUUGCUGGUGCAGACCAAGCGGCGGGCCCUGGAGAAGAUUGAUCUUAAGUUCAUUGACACCACCUCCAAGUUUGGCCACGGCCGAUUCCAGACGGUGGAGGAGAAGAAAGCAUUCAUGGUGAGCACCCCGACCUGGCCGCCCUCCGGCUGGGGUUGGGAUAGUUCCCAGUUGAUGUCCCCGAUCAGUGCUUCUCAAACUGCUGUGCCCACGGGCCACUGGGAGUCUUCUUCAAAUGCGGAUGCUGACCUGGCAGGUCUGGGGCCGGCCUGGCACGAUGCACUCCUGACGAGCCCCCAGGUGCAGGAGUGGCUGGUCGGCGGACCACACUCUGUGGACCACACUCUGCGGAACAAUGGUGUGGAGCUCGACAACGGUGAAAAAGUAGUGGCUGAGUUGUGUGCUGAGCAACCGCACUGUGCCAGGUCCAAGAAGAUGGCUCAUGAAGAGACAGCGGGUGUGCCUGUCUCUGUGACGGAGGCGUGA